AUAGUAGGAUUCGAGAGUUGACUGUUUAGUAAGUAGUUAAUUUUUUUGAAUAUAAUAGAUAUUGAGUUCCGGUGUUUGUUUAUUUUUGUUUUGCCGGUUCCUUCCUGUCCACUCAACAGGUUCGGCAUACAGUUCUCAGUUUACUACUUGGAACUCGGAAAGUUGAGCCGGCCGGUGAUGAAGACGAUGGAGACUAAGGAAGUCACAUUGAAGGUUAAGAAUUUCUCCAAGCGGAAAGAAACCGAGAUCUACUCCGACAUUUUCCUAGCCGCGGGCCACAGAUGGAGGAUUAUGAUUUACCCGAAUGGGAAACGUCGUAUUCCCGGUUUUCUGGCAGCAUAUGUGCAAUUUGUCGACUGGAAAACAGAGCCACGGGGAUGGAAUGUGCCAGCGAUCAUCAACUUGACUCUACUCGACCAACUCAACGGCACCUCCUCUGUGCGAAAGUGUUCGGCAACCAAUUUCCAUGGAAAAUCUUAUACCUCCUGGGGAUUCCACCGAUUCGUGUCACGGGCCGAUCUUCGUGAUCCUCAGAAAGGGUUCCUCCUCGAUGAUACCCUUCUUAUUAAGGCAGUGGUUUCUACAGCUGUUGGGACUGUAGUAGCUCCAAGGUAGCAAUUUCAUUUAAUCAUCAUCUGCAUUCCCCUUGAAAGGGUGAUUUACUUUUAGUCAGGAAUAUCUUUCUUCUUCUUCUUCUUCUUCUUCUUCUUCUUCUUCUUCUAUUUGCUCACUUGACCACUUUGUUGGUUUUAUUAUGCUUUGGAGUUUUGGAUGCUAUUGGGGGUUUUUAGGAAGUUAUUUCAGUAUUUAUGUUAAGGGAUUAAACUUUGUCGGUUUUAUUAUGCUUUGGAAUUUUGGAUGCUAUUGGGGUUUUUGGGAAGUUAUUUCAGUAUCUAUAUGUUAAGUGAUUAAACUAUGGAUUGAUAAUUAAACCGGAAUUAGGUA